AUGAACAAAAACGAAGAUGAUGAUGAAGAAAAAGAUUUGGAAAAAGGGGCGAUGAAACCACCGGCGUUACCGAGACCGAUGCGACUUUUGGAAGAGUUGAAAGAGAAAAUGAUGACGUGUGCUCACGAAAACGCAAAUGGGACGACGACGAGCAGGAAAUACGCGAGCAUCGAGUGCGAGUUGAGCUCGUGGAGAGAGACGGAAAUUAUUCAAUUUUUGGUGGAGAAGAUUCGGAAAAAUUAUUACGCGAAGACGACGACGAACAACGAGGAUGAAGACCCGAUACGAGUCGGACGGGUGUUCACGGCAGUCAACGAAGGCGGUCUGGCGGUUUUAGUUGGAGAGGAACUGAGAGAUAAACGGAGUUUAGGAUCGGUCGUGAGAGCCGCGGCGGCGGCGUCGGCGGCGUCGGCGGAGAAGAAAGACGAAGAAGAUACGAGUAGCAACGGGGGGGCAAAGAAAGAAGGGACGAAGAAGAAAAAUAGCGACGAGAAGAAUAAGAAAAAGCUCGCAAACGUGCCGAAGAUUGCAAUCGCGACGUUAGAGUCGCCGGUGAAUUUAGGCGCCUCGGACGGGAGAAACGCCAGAGUGGUGUGUUUGGUCUUAGUUCCGAUGAGCUCGCAAACUUUACACGGAAACCAUCGACACAGUUUUGAAGAGCUUCAUCGGAACAGCGCUUUACAUAACGACGGCGGUGACGACGACAACGAUAAAGACUCGCUGUUUGGCCUGGACCGAUGGAAUAAAAUCGCGUGCAUAAAAGCCGCGUUUAGAAGUUUAUCGAGAGACACAGAUUUUGUCUCCGACGCGAGCGAUUUCAAAAGACUCCACUCGCACGCGAAGAAACAUUCCAGAUUGCCGCACGCUUUUGACGUUCUCUCCGCAGUCAUGCACGGGGACAGCACGGACGAUAAAGUGCGUUUGUUGAGUGCCAAGCAAAGAGUCCUGGACGCGUGGGAAGACGCCGUGGAAGUCUUGAGAUUGUCCCAUAGGAAUUCGUUUUUGACUUCCAUAGAACACAGGAAAAAGAACGCGAAAGAUACGAACGCGAACACUAACAGCUCGUACGAAGCCGAGCGGACGGGGAGAUUUUGCGGUGGAAUCAUCGAUGAUAUUAAACGACGUUCGUUAGUGUACGCGAGCGAUUGGACGGAUGGACUACAAACAGUCAAGACGAUAACGGCGACUUUGUACAUGUAUUUCGGGUGCUUAGGACCGGCGAUUGCGUUUGGAGGGUUGACGUACGAGGAAACCGGCGGUAAACUCGGCGCGAUGGAAUUUUUGCUCUGCCAGGCUUUUGUCGGCAUCGUUUGGGCAAUUAUCGGUGGUCAACCCGAGUUAGUACUCAGACCAGCUGGUCCGCAAACGGUUUUCAUCAUCGAGCUUUAUCGACUCUCGACGACGAAGGCGUUCAACGUGCCUUUCGAACUCGCCAUGGCGUGGACGGGCGUGUGGACUUCAAUUUUCAUGCUCCUCAUCGCGUGUUUUGAUUAUUGCGCGAUUGUCGUUCGAUCUUGCACGAGGUUCACCCAAGAAAUUUUCAUGGUAUUUGUGAGUGCAAUUUUCAUAUUCGAAGGGUGUAAAGGCGUCGGGAGUUAUUUCGAUAGCGCGAAAGAGACGUACAGCAGAGACGUGGCGUUGUUUUCGCUCAUCUUAGCCGCCGUGACUUUACAACUCGGAUUGUUUUUUGGAAAAGUUCGUUCCAGCCCUUUCUUACUCGGUCCUUUGAGAGAAUUGACGGCUGAUUUUGGAAUCGCGUUUGCGAUCGUUACCUCUUGUCUUCUCGCGUGGGGAUCUGGAAUCGAUGGGUACGAAAAGCUCUCGUUACCUUCGAACAUCAAGCCGAGCGACGAAACGAGAAGCAAUUGGCUGAUUGACUUAUUUCCGUCCAAAGAGGAAGGAAAUCGAUGGAUCAUCGGAGGCGCGAUAGUCCCGGCGAUAUGCUUAACGUGCUUGUAUUACAUCGACGCUAAUGUUGCGGCGCUAUUGUGCAACAAAGAAGAGGCAAAGUUGAGAAAAGGCGUCGCGUAUCAUUACGAUUUCGCGUUGCUCUCUAUCUUACUCUUUUUCUGUUCGAUUUUUGGCUUGCCGUUUGCGACGCCGAGUCUGCCGCACUCGCCGCAAUACGUGAGAGCACUGUCGGAGAUUGAAGAGAUUACAAAGAACGGGGUCACGCGAACAAAAGUGGUGACUGUUCACGAACAACGCCUCUCGCCGCUGCUCGUCAACGUUUUGGUUUUGUUGUCCUUUGUUUUAUUGUCAUUGUUGAAAGAGAUUCCUAUGGCGGUAUUGUACGGUUUAUUCGUUUUGAUGGGCAUCAACGGUUUCUACGAAAAUCAAUUUUUUCAUCGAUUGACGAUGAUAUUUAUGGAACCAAGGUUACACCCACCGACGUCGUACGUGAGAAACGUCCCGUUAUCGCGGGUUCAUGGAUUUACGUUCGUACAAGUGUGUUGCGUGGCGGUCAUUUGGGGCGUGCGCUCGACGGAUUUGUGCCUCAUGUUUCCAAUCUUAAUCGCGAUGUUAAUGCCGCUUCGGUUACUUCUCUCCAAGUUUGACGGCAUGUUCACGAAGCAACAGUUGCAACUUUUGGACGUGAACGACGAAGCGUAUUUGGUAUUAGAUGAUGAUGACGAUGAUAGCAACAAUAACGACGACGACGACGACGACGACGAUGACCGAGACGACGACGACGGCGACGCCUUUGAUGUCAAUGACCCUGGUUUCAACAACAACGCGACCGACGACGAGCGUCGCCAAUUAGUACGCGCGGCACAAAAAGCUGCGUUCGAUUCGAGAGCGAUGACGCUGAUGGAUUUUGCGGAAAACGGACCGAGUCUGAACGCGUCCUCGCUAGGGAGUGCUAGAAAACCUCAGUCGUCUCCGUUCGGCACCGCCGCGACGCCGAAUCGAUACGUGUUCCCGUAUCAUUCGGAUUCAAAGCCGAUUAAAAUUGCCCAGAGACGAACGUCGUCUUACUUCAGCGACGACGAUCUCUCGCCGAGGGAUAAGUCGGCGACCGUGAGUCCAAGACGCGAUCGUCCACUUUCGCCUAAACCAUCGAACGAUAAUAAUAAAAAUAAUAAAAGUAGUAAUAGUAAGGAGGAACCCGGGUCUCCGCUGUAG